GGACCCGCGCAUGCGCCACGCGGGGGGGGAAGAUGGCGGCGUCCUCGCUGGAGCAGAAGCUGUCGCGACUGGAGGCGAAGCUGAAGCAGGAGAAUCGCGAGGCGCGGCGGAGAAUCGACCUCAACCUGGACAUCGGCCCCGCCCGCGCCCGCCCCAUCAUCGUCAUCACCCUUAGCCCCGCCCCCGCUCCGUCCCAGCGAGCAGCCCUGCAGCUGCCCCUGGUGAGCGAGGGGGGCCGGGGGGGGCCCCCCGAGAGCCCCCAGCCCGCGCCGCCCCCCCGGCCCCGGCAGAUGCUGGGGCUGCCCCCGCCCCCCUUCCUGGUGCCGCGCAGCCUGGAGAGCAUCGAGAUUGACCAGAAGCUGCAGGAGAUUAUGAAACAGACGGGGUACCUGACUGUGGGGGGACAGCGGUACCAGGCAGAGAUCAAUGACCUGGAGAACCUGGGCGAGAUCGGCAGCGGCACCUGCGGGCAGGUGUGGAAGAUGCGAUUCCGCAAGACCGGGCACGUCAUCGCCGUCAAGCAAAUGCGGCGCUCGGGGAACCGCGAGGAGAACAAGCGGAUCCUGAUGGAUCUGGACGUGGUGCUCAAGAGCCACGACUGCCCCUACAUCGUGCAGUGCUUCGGCACCUUCAUCACCAACACCGACGUGUUCAUUGCCAUGGAGCUCAUGGGCACCUGCGCAGAGAAGCUCAAGAAGCGAAUCCAGGGCCCCAUCCCCGAGCGCAUCCUGGGCAAGAUGACGGUGGCAAUCGUGAAGGCGCUGCUGUACCUGAAGGAGAAGCACGGCGUCAUCCACAGGGACGUCAAGCCCUCCAACAUCCUGCUGGACGAGCGGGGGCAGGUGAAGCUCUGCGACUUCGGCAUCAGCGGCCGCCUGGUGGACUCCAAGGCCAAGACCCGGAGCGCGGGCUGUGCUGCCUACAUGGCGCCCGAGCGCAUCGACCCCCCCGACCCCACCAAGCCCGACUACGACAUCCGCGCCGACGUCUGGAGCCUCGGCAUCUCCCUGGUGGAGCUGGCCACGGGGCAGUUCCCCUACCAGAACUGUAAGACGGAUUUCGAGGUGCUGACCAAGGUGCUGCAGGAGGAUCCGCCCCUGCUGCCCCCGGCCAUGGGAUUCUCGGGGGACUUCCAGGCCUUCGUCCGCGACUGCCUCACCAAGGACCACAGGAAGAGACCAAAGUACAACAAGUUACUGGAGCACACCUUCAUCAAGCGCUACGAGACGCUCGAGGUGGACGUGGCCACCUGGUUCAAGGACGUGAUGGCCCGGACAGAGUCCCCGCGCCCGGGGGGUGGCCUGGGCCACCACCUGCCCUUCUUCAGCAGGUAGCGCCAGCCCGGCGCCGCCUCGCCCGGCGGGGACACCGGGGCAGGGA